AUGGCCUUUGCGUGCAAACACUGCGACAAGAGCUUCGAUUCGGAGCAGCGGGCGCAACUGCACCGGCGCUUCAUUCACCCGGACGCCAACGAGCCCGUGAAGCAGAGCUCGUCUGGGUGCUGCUCUUGCUUCGCGUUCCUCACGAGGCCGGAGCCAAAGCCCGAGCUGGAUGAUCAGCACCCCAGCGCCCGGGCAGGUGAGAGGCAGAAGGUGAAAGUGGAGUACGAGGAUUCAGGUCCAAAGCCUCUGGUGGAUCCUGAGAGCUGCAUGUGCAACAAGCAGCCCUGCGCCGCCUGGCAUCGUCUGCCGGCCUUGUUUGUGCGGAAGAAGCACGAUCUGCGCCGAAAAGAGCAGCUGCGCAGGCAGCUGCAGAGCGUCACGGAUGAGCGCGACGAGGCCCUUGCUCGAGACUGGAGCCACGUGGAGCAGGCCCGGCAGCUGCAGGAGCUCCAGGGCGGCCUGCAGGCGGAGUGUGAGCGGCUUCGCUCUGGCUUGAGGCAUGAGGAGGAUGGCAGGCGUGCCUUGCAAAUGAGGGCGGCACAAGCUGAGCACAUGGAGGCCCAACACAAGGACUUUGGCGCGGAACUGCAGGAGCAAAGGAACUCCAGCAGAGAUCUUCAGCUCCGGGUGCAGGAACUACAGCAGCACAAGUUGCAGCUGGAAGCUGACCGCGGCAAGCUCUGGAGUGAGCUGCAGCAGCAAUUCAGCAGCCAAGGACAGCUGCAGCAGCAGGAGCAGCUGCAGCAACAGAGGCACAAGCAGCUGCUAACAGAGCUCCAGGAGCUGCAACAGCACAAAGAUUUGCUGGAAGCCGACCGGAGCAAGCUCUGGAGUGAGCUGCAACAGCAGAGCAGCAUCAACGGCGAGUUGCAGCAGAAGGAGCAGCUGCAUUCGCAGCAGGAAGAGAGGUGGUCUCUGGAGGCUCAGGAGCUUCAGAAGCAGUCGCAGCUGGUGGAAGAACUCAGGAGUCAGCUGCAGUCGGAGCGCCUGGCGAGAAACAGGCUGCAGGAGGAGGUGGAGGGUGCGGAGUCCAGCCGCCAGCAGGAGGAGCUGCAGGCGCUGCGCACGCAGUGCACGCAGCACGCCAAGGCCGCCGGCACCGCCGCGGUGUCGCGGCGCAACCAGUGCAUCUUGCACAAGCAGCAGCUUGAGAAUAUGCAGGAGGAGUACCAGGAACAGCUGCAAGCACUCAACAAGCAGCACAUGCAGCAGCUCACGGUGCAGCAGCACAUGCUCGACCCAGAAAGGCUCUCCACUUUUGUGGAUGACUUGCUGGAUGAGAUCAGCCACCUCCAGAAGCGCCUGGCGGACGCGGAGGGCAGGCGGCGCGAGGUGCCGAAAGGAGCCGUGCCUCUGGAAGCCGCCAGCUUGCGGCUGGCCAAGAUGCGCCAGCGCCUGGCUGCAAACCGGGGAGAGGAGGAGCUGCCUACUCCAGCCCGGCGCCCAUCCGAGCGUUCAAGGACCCCCUCUGCUGAGCGCACACAGAGGGUGUGGCUGGAGCCACCGCGGCUCAGAUCAAGGAGCCCCUCCACGGAACGCGGCAGGCAACAGACAAGUUCCUGCACGAGGAUGAUCGAGCCAGUUGUGUACAGGCCAUACACCCUCGAGCCAGUUGCGAGGGGCGCGCAGGAGCAAGACCCGCAGGAGUGCCAGUCCGGCGAUGCAAGUGCCCGAACGGACGAGACGCUAUUGCCAGAGGCCGAGGGCUUCGAGGCGGAGAUGUGUGACCACAUUGACAAAGGGGAGGAGAACUUCGUGGCCGCAAAGGCGCCUCAGGAGAAGAAGCAUGCUAGCACACCGCCAGAGAAGGCGCGACUCCAGGAGUUCGUGAAGGACUUUGCCAAGUGCGCCAUCCGCGGAGUGCCGUGCCGGGUACUGGACCCGAAGACAGGACAGACGGAGGAGGCUGCAUACUUUCUGGAUCCCCAGAUCCAGAGGAUGAUGCUGAAGCGACCUCAAACUCCCGAAACGGUGCUCGCAAGCAUCCGCGUGGAAAACAUCAAGGAUGUUGUGGAUGCGGAUGCUGGCGUUUCUCAGGCAAUCUCCAAAGCAGAGGCUGACAGGUUGGCUGUCCUGACCUUCCGGAAUGGCGAACCGAGCAUAUUCCUGCUGGAGGGAACGGUCGUGGACCGGGACCGAUUCGUGAUGUGUGUCAAGAUCUUGAGGCUCUACGCGCAGAUGCAGGUGCUCCCAGCCCUGGUGGCGAAGGGGGCAAAGAUCGCCACAAACUUCUCACAGGUUGUGCUGAUUUUGCUGAUGCAACCCGACUUUAUGACCCAUGUCAACACCGCAGAGCCCAAAAGGCUGGAGGUGUCAGGCAUGACCUGCUGCACGCUUGAAAGAGGUCCAGAAGGUGAUGUCCCGCUGGCAGCGCGCUAUGACAAGACCAGGAAACAGAGGUGCCGGGACGUUGUGGAGAAGGAGGCCAUCUCAGUUCUGCAGGCUGUGCAGUAUUGGUGCACUGGCUUUGGCGGAAGUUUCCCAGCCACCAGCUGGACUCCGCUGUCCUUCACGGGGGAGGCCCCCAAGCCGCUGUAUGGGCACACAGCCACCUACUGCCCGACUGCUGGCGGCGGGGCGAUGAUCGUUUUCGGCGGCUACAACAGAGUUGCCGACCUUUGGCGUUUGGACUUCCAGGAGCAGAGAUGGCAGCUCCUGAAGCCGGCGGGGGCGGCUCCACCUGCGCGACGUGGCCACAGCGCCACGUUUUGUGCCUCGACGGACUCCAUCCUGGUCUUCGGGGGCUUGGUUGAUGGUCGCCGGGAAACGAUGUGUGGAGAUUUAUGA